GCGGGGCCUGCUUAGGGAAGUGGCCGCCUGGCUUUGGGGGCGCCGCAGCUGGCUUGUCAGCCUGCGGUUCUGUGAGCCUAGCUUGGAAAACCUGCUUCCCAGACUCCUAUCCUCCACAGCGACAGAUGCAGUUUAAAGUCAUGGCGGCUUAAAAGGUAGUUGUGAUUUACUAGGAGCUUCUUGUGGUAAGGGACUGCUCUGUUCAUCCUGCAUCUCCAGCGGCGCCUCCAGGGCCUAGAACACGUGAGAAAUCCUGUGUCAAUUACAGAACAACCUUCGUCUUUCUGGCUAAAUGACUUUUGUGCCAGUGAUACCAGAAGCCUACAGCCAUGUUCUUGCAGAGUUUGAGUCCUUGGAUCAGUUACUCACAGCUUUGCGGCUGGAUUCCAGUCGUCUAAAGUGUACCAGCAUAGCUGUGUCUCGGAAAUGGUUGGCAUUAGGCAGCACAGGAGGAGGACUCAACCUUAUUCAGAAAGAUGGCUGGAAGCAAAGGCUGUUUCUCUCUCACCGGGAAGGUGCAAUCUCUCAGAUUGCCUGCUGUUCUCAUGAUGAUGAUUAUGUCGCUGUAGCUACCAGUCAAGGUGUUGUAGUUGUUUGGGAGUUAAAUCAAGAGCGUCGUGGGAAACCAGAGCGAAUUCAUGUGUCUUCAGAACACAAAGGCCGAAAAGUUACUGCCCUCUGUUGGGACACAGCUGUUCUGAGAGUCUUUAUAGGUGACCAUGUGGGCAAAGUAUCUGCCAUCAAACUCAACAGUUUGAAACAAGCAAAGGCAGCUGCUGCCUUUGUGAUGUUUCCUGUUCAGACAAUCACAACAGUCGACUCCUGUGUUGUCCAGUUAGAUUAUUUGGAUGGAAGAUUACUUGUGUCUUCACUGACUCGAUGCUUUUUGUGUGACACUGAGAGGGAAAAGUUUUGGAAAAUUGGAAAUAAGGAAAGAGAUGGAGAAUAUGGAGCUUGUUUCUUCCCCGGAAAAUUUGCUGGGGGCCAGCAGCCUUUGAUCUACUGUGCACACCCAGGCUCCAGAAUGUGGGAAGUGAACUUUGAUGGAGAAGUGCUGAGUACACACCAGUUCAAGAAGCUCUUGGCAUUGCCACCCCUUCCUGUGAUCACUGCAAGGCCACAUUCACACUUGCUUUCCUGGGGUUAUUGUCAGUUGAUCCUUCUUCUGAUUAAACUUCCUGCAGACUUUACAACCAAAGAGAAAAUGACUGACAUCUGUAAGUCCUAUGGUUUCUGGCCUGGAUAUCUGACACUCUGUCUGGAGCUGGAGAGGAGGAGGGAGGCCUUCACCAACAUUGUGUAUCUGAAUGACAUAAGCCUGAUGGAAGGGGACAAUGGGUGGAUCCCUGAGACCUUGGAGGAAUGGAAGCUUCUCCUACAUCUACUACAGAACAAGAGCACGAGGCCAAUUCCUCAGGAGUCACUGAAUGCGAGCCUCAGUGAUGGGCCUGCCCCCAUCAAUGUGGAGAAUGUGGCACUCUUGUUAGCUAAGGCCAUGGGCCCAGAUCGGGCUUAGUCACUGCUACAGGA